CUUAAUUACAACAAACUGUCUUCAGUUCAAUUCCUUGAAAAACUUCAAUCGAAAGGGACAACUAUCUGAAAGGAAUCCGAUCAAAAUCGGUUGAUACAGGGACAGCGACACUGACAUGACUACCAUCCUAAGGUUGUCAAUGUCACCAUUGCUAUCAUUCAAACAUUGAUCUCAAACUGACAAAUUCCCGUUACUGACUUCCAUAGUAUAUAUCAUCCCAAAGUCCUCUAUGUUACUUCUGUUCUAUUCUUCCUUUCUUUCUUAUCUCCCAUUUCUCUAUUCUUUUCUCAAUACAUCAUUUAUGCAGUCAUUGUCGUUUAUUUUCCCUUCAAAUAUCCUUAAAUUCAUAGUUCGAGAUGUCUCGUUUCUUUUCUCAAGAGUCUCUUACUUCCUCACAAUCGCAACUGAAUUCGUCUAUCGUUGUUCCUCUUGUCAAGUUCUCAUGCUCUUUAACCAAUCAAGGCGAUACCACAAGUGCUCAAUGGACUCACUAUUCGAGAAGUGAUCUUGAACUUGUGAUUCAAGAGGUGCAAGUUGGUGGUUCAGGGAAUGGAAGAUACUUAUCAAUGAAAGUAGUGGCAGGCGCUGAGUAUCUGGAAGAACAGAAUUUAAACGAUAUCGUGAGGAUUUACAAGAACUUCGUUUUAUCUCCAGGUAGUGAGGUUCCAGUGAGAGUAGUGGUUAAGCCUCCACUUCUCGCAUUGCGAUACCCAAAGCUCAAUGAUGUUCGUAGGUUGCAAUUCAGGUUUCGUGGUGACUCGGACUUCAAUCAGGUUCUCAAUAUCUUGACAAACUUGGGUUUGACGGCAACAGAAAGUUUGUCGUCAGGGCCUGUCUUGCAAUCCAGUCCACCAACUGCAGACUCGACGUCUUCGGGAAUAUCUAAUGGAUAUUCUUCAGCUGUAGGUUAUCUUCCUUUAACUCCAAACAGCGAAUUCAAAGUUCCCAUGCGGCCAGACUCAGCUAGUUCUAUACUUCAGAGACCGAGUAGCUCUUAUACAUCCCAAUCCGACAAUCACCUCUACGUCAGACCGCAAUCUGCCAUGUCAAUAUCUUCAUUUAUGCCUCAGUCUAAACCAUCUUCCGAACCACUCAAUAGAGCGCAAUCAUUAUAUGUUUCUCAGUUCGAGCGAGAGCAACGAAAAAUUCAAUCCUCAAACUCUCUGCUGAAUACCUCAGAUAAGGUGCCUGCAAAUGGUAAUGCACACGUGAAUCGAAUUUUUUUGCCAAAGGCCGAAGAAUCCCAACGUCGGUUUUCUACCUCGCCUUUCUUCGAAACACAAAGGAAGCAUUGCCUGCCCGAUAGAAUGACUUCGCUCUCUUCUGUCAACGAUCCACAUAAUUCAAGAAAUAAAAUACUUGAAAGUGCACUAGACUUUUUCAGUCCAGUCGAAGAUCGUUCACCGCCUCGUUCGACCGAGUAUCCGUUCUUUGGUGCACCAGGAAAACGCCCAAUAUAUCUUCCAGCCGAGAAUGAUAUUUGCCUGGGCCUUCCUAUCCCACCAAAGCGACAAUUGCCAUUUGCGACUGUGAAAGAGCCUUUAAAAUCCAAAUCUGUAUCCGUAGCCGAUACCAGUAGACCAGUUCAAGCCCCACAACAGCGAAAGCGACCCCUUGAAGAGUUCAUCGGGGAAAGCACGUCAAAUGGGAGUAUCACGCCUGCUAAAAAGCCAGCAAAGAGACGUGUUGCAAGUCGCAAGGGUACUACGCAUCUACCAGAAAUUAAUGACCUAUCAAGUAAAGCUUUUCCUUCAAAAGACAGCUCAGCAAGUGACACCCUUGACAUCCAAAUGCAGACAGCAAAAUCGCCUCCUCUUGAAGCCAGGAGGAUUGCAACACCAAUCGCAUCAGAUAAAGCGCUAUCAAAAUUGCAAGCAGAAAGAAUCGAGGCUAGACAACAGUCCGUACCAACUCUAAAAAUGGUGAAUAGAUCUACUCAAACUCAAACCUUUUCAGGUCGAGACCACACAGCGGCUCUCAAACCUGCUUCGAAUAUCUCUGCAGUAGACCUUCAGUCGACACGACCGACAGCCUCUGUAUUACAGGACGAUUUGGAUCUCGUUGUGUCAAGAUACAGUUCAGGCUCGCGGGUAAAUCUGGCGCCAAAUUACAACGAUCUCCCCGAUGACAAACGGCAUAAAAUGCUCAACGAUUUUAUAAUCAAAAAUUUAGAGAAUGAUGACUUUCUCAAAUUAGCGGAGGAUAUGGAUGUCUCUUGGCGUAGGAUAGGUCUCACAUGAUAGUUGAGCUUUGUUAGGUUAGUGUGACAAUGGUCAGUGGUGGAAGAAAACGGCAUUUGGCUAACAGAUGGAUUUGAUGCUUUGUUUUUGCUGGGUACGGGUAGCACAAAAUGCAGUUUUAAGAUUAGCUAGAUAUCUGUAAAUCUGUGAAUGAUUUAACACUACAGCACUGAUUAUCUUC